AUGGAGUUAGACACAAAUUCCAGCUCAAGUACUAUAGCAGCUGAAGAAUGGAGAGAGCAACAGAAGAUAGAGGAGGCUUUACACGCCAGUAGUCUUCAAGUGCCUCGAAGGCACGUGGCCUCCUUGGACACCCGAGAUAUUGUUAUGGUAGUUGAUGCUAGAGAUCCACUGUUUUACCGUUGCCCCGAUCUUGAGGCAUAUGCUCGAGAAAUCGAUGAGCAUAAGAAAGUAAUGCUUCUAGUUAACAAGGCGGAUCUUUUGCCUCCUUACGUCAGAGAGAAAUGGGCAGAAUAUUUCCGCCUUAACGACAUUCUGUUCGUCUUCUGGUCAGCCAUAGCUGCAACAGCUGAGCUAGAAGGUAAAGUCUUGAAAGAGCCGUGGAGAAAACCCGAUAACUUUCAGAAGACAGAUGAUCCAGAGAUUGUGAUAUACGGCAGGGACGAGCUGUUGAGCCGUUUACAAUACGAGGCUCAAGAGAUUGUCAAACUGAGGAACUCUAGAGCAGCAUCGUCUGCUGAGACUGAGACUCAACGUGAGAACGCAGUGUCACGCCCGCCUCAUGCUGCAGAGCUUUUAAGAGCUUACUGUGCUUCUCGUAGUUACGUUGCCUCUAGUGGUCUACCUGAUGAGACGAAAGCGGCGAGGCUGAUUUUGAAAGAUUACAUCGGAGGUAAGCUCCCACAUUUUGCAAUGCCACCUGGAGUGACCCAAGCUGAUGAACCGGAGACGGAGGACACUCGAGAAACCGGAGGCUCGGAUUCGGAAGACUCUACGAUAGGAGACGAAGCAGAGAGCGAGCAGGUUCCUGAUAUGGGUGAAGUUCUAGAAGAUCUGAGCUCGUUUGAUAUCGCAAACGGGCUCGCGUCUUCGAAGAAAGUGGCGGUGAAGAAGCAAACCGCUUCACAUAAACAGCACAAAAAGCCACAGAGGAAAAAGGAUCGGAACUGGAGGGUUAAAAACACGGAGGAUGGAGAUGGAAUGCCUUUGGUUAAAGUUUUCCAGAAACCGGCCAACACUGGGCCUCUCACGAUGCGGUGA